AACGGGGAGGGAGGGACCUUAAAGCUCCGGGGCGGCGAGGCUGGAACCGGCCGCUCCGCGGGCACCACCGGACCCGGGAGCGGAGCAGCGCGGCGCGGCGGUCGCGUCCCGGGUGCCCUGCCCAGCCGUGCCAGGUAAAAGGACACAGAAAAGAAGAUGGACUGGGGAACUCUGCAGGCUGUUUUAGGAGGUGUAAAUAAACACUCCACCAGCAUCGGGAAGAUAUGGCUCACAGUCCUGUUCAUCUUCCGUAUCAUGAUCCUGGUUGUGGCUGCAGAGAGAGUCUGGGGAGAUGAACAACAAGAUUUUGUCUGCAACACACUUCAGCCUGGGUGCAGAAAUGUUUGCUAUGAUCACUUUUUCCCCAUCUCUCACAUCAGGCUCUGGGCCCUGCAGUUGAUCUUUGUUUCCACCCCUGCGUUGCUGGUGGCCAUGCACGUAGCUUACACCAGGCAUGAGAAGAAAAGGCGAUUCAGAAAUGGUGAGAAAAUAGAUAUUGAAGAGCUGAAAAAUGAAAAGAUUCACAUUCGGGGCCCCCUGUGGUGGACGUACACCAGCAGCAUCUUCUUCAGGAUCAUCUUUGAAGCUGUCUUCAUGUACGUGUUCUAUUACAUGUACGAUGGGUACCAGAUGCCUCGCCUGGUGAAGUGCAACGCAUGGCCCUGCCCCAACACAGUGGAUUGCUUUGUGUCUCGGCCCACUGAGAAAACCACAUUUACUAUUUUCAUGCUUGCUGUGUCUGGGAUCUGCAUGAUGUUGAAUCUGGCUGAGUUGUGUUACCUAGUGAUAAAAAUUUGCAUGAAAGAGUCCAGGAAAACAACAGUUUUAAAGUAAUUCCCCAGUUUCAGGAUUUCCUAGCUCCCCAUUUCCCUCAAACUUUCUUAGGUAUCAGAAAACAACCAGCAAUAUUUUCACACUCAAGGAAAAGGAUAAAAAUGAACAUUCAUUCAUGUUUCAAAAAUGAUAGCCUCCCUGGGAAGCCGCCGCUGAGGUGGGUUUUAAAGAUCAAGAGCUAAUUCUGUAUUCCUGCAUCCACAAAUAGAAAGAGCAGCCUUCUGGCAGCGGCUUUCCCAAGCAUGCCUACUGCUGGGAUCCUGUUGUUGGGACAGAGUCGCUUUUCAAAGAGUUGGAGCGGAAAGGCCCAGAGAAGUCUCUAGUGCCCAAAGGAGAGCCAGGAAUCACAAACACACUGUGUCAGCUUCAGAGGCGAGUCAGUAACAGAGAGUUUUGGUCAAAAGUGGGGUGAAGGGUUUUGGGGGGAACUUCCGGCUUUUUAUCUCCUCACCUGCACUAAGCAGCAUCUCCUACAGGGUUGGGGGUGGCCAAUCUCAACUGCUUGUGAAUGCCAUUAGGCCAGUGCUACCCCACUCCAUGCACAGGGGCUGUAGCAGUGGGAGGAAUGAAGUUUGCUUUUUCAUUCUCUUGGUCAAGUGGAAAAAGGAUUGCCAUCUUUGAGAAGGUGAGGGCAGUGCAACUGUCUUCCCCAACACUGUUGUUCUCCCCCAACACUUUGUGAAGAAUCUCAGUACAGUAGAUUUUAUUCAAUGAAGAGACUUCUUACCGCCUGUGCCUCCUUCAGCUGUGUACCCUUAAAAGUUUUUUUUCAGUAAAAGCCAAGAAAAAUUGCCUUCAUUCUGUUUGUUAACCAAAAGAAGUAUUUCAACUUACAGCAUUAUAUGCAGUAGAGUGCACCUACCAGUGCUCCUUCCUUCAGUCCCUUUUCCCUAUCCAACCUCCACAGCUUUUCUUCCUAAAACUGUCUCCCUAUCUAUCUGAGGUACCUUUCAGCUGAGUCCAUCAAACCAGUCCCAGUCUCUCUGACAUUCCACAUUGUGAGACUGAAUCAUCCUUCCUCUUACAGUAGAUCUAGCAGGAAUUGCAGACAACUUUCAGAGCUAAAAUAGCAAAGGGACCCAAUCAGAAAUGAGGAGGAACUUGAUCUUUUUCUUAAAGUUCACAUUGCUGAGCUGUGAAUUGUGUAUCACAAACUAGAAGAACUGUGAGUCAGUCUGGUCUUGUCUCUCCAAAGCAGUUUCAAAACAUGUUUUAUGCUUGUCAUAUGCUGCUACACCAGCACAUCCAGCAACACAGUUUAGCUCCCAAGUGCCUGCCUAUUGAACCCACUUCUAGAAUGCUGGGUAUUUAUGCUCCGUAGCUUUAAUAACUGGCUUUUCCUCAAAAUGAAUGAACUCUAUCUCAGCUUCUCUAUUUGCAUCCAUCCCUUACUGCACAUUUAAGUUCAUCACUGUUGGAGUAAACAAAGCUGCAUGAAUUAAGACUCAUGACCCCUCACUGUGCACUGGAAGCCAAGCAUAAGCAGGAUCCCAUUCCUUGUGAGCUACAUCCAGUGUUACAAUUCGACUGCAGAUGGAAAUCUGUCAUCUAAGAGGGGAGCAAGAAAAUCAUAAAAACACCAUCAUCAGAAGCAUGAACAAAAAGAUGAAAAGUCAUUAAUAAUGAGCUGAACUGGAAAUCUGGACUAUGAAAACAUCCUUAAUUCAACUCUAAAGAACAAAGCUUGGCACAUAGCAGGUUUGUUCUUGGUAAAGUUCCUGCAUUGUUCCGUGUACAAGUACAAAGAGAACAAACUAUCUACACUCCCAGUGCUCUAGUAUUACAUUUCUUUUGUAACAACAGGGUUUUUAUUUUUUUUUUUCUGAAAUUAUAAAUAAAGCACUCUUGUGUCUGUUUUCUGUAUUACUUGUACGUGCUGUGUAUUACCUAAUGUGUCUGAUGAAAAUCUGUUUACCAUAAUGGCAAAUGUGUGCACCGGUAGUACAUUUAGUAGCUAAAGGGCUACUGUAAGGAUUUUAGCCUUCUGCUGCAGGUUGUUUUUUCAAUUGGUUACAUUGCCUGUUACCCUGCAGACUUCAUGAGCUGAUAGCGGAAGGUCACAUAUGUGACUCCUACCAGAAAUGAGAUGUGCUGUCUAAGUCAGCCUUAUACUAGUGGAACUGCAGCUGGAAAAGGCUGGUGAUAAAUAACUUAACCAGCUCCAUAGGGGAGGGACUGUUUUCCCAGCCUGCCUUUGAGUUUAACUGGAACUUGGAAUGAGACACACCAAAACUGGUAACGCUAUUGCUAUGAGGUUAUCUUCAGCUAGCAGUUUGACAACCAGAUUAUAACAAAGGGAAAAAAGAUAGAAAUAGGGAAAGUGUCUGGAAGUGUUCAAGAGGGGACUUUGGUCUGGAACUGCAGCAUCAGGUGGUAAUAGCUCUAUCGCGGCAUAUUUACUGUCUCUCUCUGAGAUUCAUUUUCUGUGAACAUUAAAUUUGGCUAAAUAGCUGCUUUGUAGGGAAAAAAGUUUGGAACAUAUUUCAUAGGAACAUAGGCAUUGCACCUAUUGCUACAUGUGCUACAUUACAUGGUUGACAUCCUACAAAUGGAUUUCAUACAGAUUAAAAUACAUUGCUCUGUUGGAAUUGUGUGUUCUUUCCCCAAAUACACUAGAAGUAUCUACAUUUUUGGCACUUUGUUCCUAGGCUCUUCUCAGAAUGAAGAUUGCAAGAGUGUUGAAAAGAGAAGUAGCAACUCUGAAGUUGUAACUGUAAAAGAGGUUGAUUCCUCACUGUUCAGUGUAUCCAGGAUAUAAAAUGUCAAAUAAUGUGGUAUCCAAACUGGGAUGGUUAGUGUUGGAGUGAGACUGGCUAGAAUUAUACUGUAAUUGAAAUCACCAGGGAAAAUCACCAUUGACUUCAUCAAGCUAAACUUUCAUCCAAAACCUUGAAACCAAAACUACAAACAUGUUUGUCAAAGGAGGAGGGAGGAGGGGAAGCAAACUUCACCAUUAACUCAUAGACCCAGCUGGAGAAAGAAAAAAACUAACUCCCAUGGGAGAAAGACUGCUUUAAAAGGGGAUCAAAAGUGUAAAUCUGUAUUUAUGACUUCUGGAUAUAGAAUUACCUUUAAUAAAGGUUUUCUUAGACAAAAA